UUUUGAAGGAUUUGACCGGAUGUUGAGUGCUACAUCCCUGAAAUACACACCGGCUUCUUCUUGUCUUGGAAGCUAACGAUGAACCAUCGGGAGGACCACACGGGUCCCAUGAGGGUGUUGGUGACAGGAGGGUCUGGAUUGGUGGGGAGAGCUAUACAGCAUGUGGUGAAAGAGGAAGGAGGAGCAAAGGAGGGGGAAGAAUGGAUAUUUUUGUCCUCCAAAGAUGCCAACCUCAUGAAUACAGAAGAGACUCGAGCAGUUUUCCGGAAACAUCAACCCACACAUGUUAUCCACUUGGCGGCUAUGGUUGGAGGGCUUUUCAAGAACAUGAAGCUAAACCUAGACUUCUGGAGGAACAACGUCUAUAUCAAUGACAACGUGCUGCAGGCAGCACAUGAAGUGGGUGUUGUCAAAGUAGUGUCCUGCCUUUCAACCUGCAUUUUUCCAGACAAGACAACCUAUCCUAUUGAUGAAACAAUGAUCCAUAAUGGUCCACCCCAUGAGUCCAACUUUGGCUACUCCUAUGCAAAGCGAAUGAUCGAUGUCCAGAACAGGGGGUAUUUCCAACAGUAUGGACGAUGCUAUACAGCUGUGAUUCCCACCAACGUUUUUGGUCCCCAUGACAACUUCAGCAUUGAGGAUGGUCAUGUGCUGCCAGGUCUUAUACACAAAGCUUACCUUGCUCAAAAGGAGGGGAGGCCUCUGGCAGUCUGGGGCUCCGGGACUCCCAGACGGCAGUUCAUUUACUCUUUGGACCUGGCUCGUCUCUUCCUGUGGGUGUUGAGGGAUUAUCCAGAGGUGGAUCCAAUCAUUCUCUCUGUUGGUGAGGAAGAUGAAGUGUCCAUCAAAGAAGCCGCUGAUGCAGUUGUCCAGGCACUGGGCUUUAAAGGUGACGUGGUGUAUGAUACCAGUAAAGCAGAUGGACAGUUCAAAAAGACAGCCAGUAAUGCAAAGCUUCGCCGCUACCUGCCAGAUUUCACUUUUACACCCUUCAAACAAGCUUUAAAAGAAACGUGUGACUGGUUUGUCGCCAACUAUGACUCUGCCCGGAAGUGAAGACUCAGAAAUUCAGUAUCAAGUCUGUCGAUCCAAAGGCCUGUUCUGGGAAAAGAGACUAGAGACUGAUGGUACAAAGCACUGAGGGGAAAAUGGCGGUUCAAGGGGCGUCAACCAAAGAAGGCAGUCAUUGUGAUCCUGUCACCUCCGUCUGCACUCAGUAGGCUGCACUGAGACUCAUGUAUGCAACAGAAGGCGUUGUAGACUUUUUCUUGUUGGAUGGGGGUCUACGGCAGCAAAGUUUGUACUCAGCCUAUGUCGAGUUUUAUCCAGUUUUAUGGUAGUGCUACCGUUUCACAUGUUGAUCAGUCUUAGUAUCCAGGUGUUGGUACAAAUCAACUUCUGUACUUUUCUAUUAUUUUGUAUUUCAGUAGGUUUGAGUUUCAUUAACGGCGUACCUUCGUUCUUGAAGGGUUCAGUUUUGACUGACUUAAUUCACCUUCUUUCUUUAAGGUUGGACAAUGGCUACAAGCAGUCACUGUAUUUGGUGUGUUUUUUCCCACCAUGUUUCACCUGCACUCAUAGAAUAGAAAAGGAAUACAAUGAUAUGUUGUCAGUAAAUUCUUAGUAUUUCACUGACUAGAGGAAACACUUACUGUCAUGUAGAACUGCUAAUUUGGCAUUUAAAGAAAACUGUAGGUUAGGCUUAUUACCUGGCUAGACAGUGGUUUCAUAUAAUUUUCUUUUUUUUCUGAUUACUUAAUAUCCAUGGAAGACAAAUCCAAUACUGAAAAGUAAAAUAAUUAAGUUACUCUUUAUCAUUCUGUUAUUUAGAAGAAGAAAAAAAUACAGGAGAUUACACUUGGGGGUUUUAAU